UCAGUCAAUAUUCAUUGUGAAUCCAAAAUCUGUUCCCCAAAUUCCCAAAAAGGCCAAAGCAAGUGACUCUCACUGUGUGAUUUUGAUUUUCAUUGGUGAACAAGCCAUGGAAUCAGAGCACUGUCUCUACCAUAGGAAACAUCCCUCAACUUUGUCUAUCACACUUCUAUCUCUUAUUUUCAUGUAUUCCAACACUAAUAUAAUCUAAGUCACUUUCACUGCUUCUUCACCUCCUCAUUCUUUCCUCAACACUUCUCCACUGUGACUAUAAUUGCAUCAAAAUCCAACACAGCACACGUCAAAGCUCUCUCCUAGACCAGUCACUGCUGAUGGCUCCACCUGCUAGAUCCUAUCCUCUACAUGGACUCAAACUUUCAAUCACUGUGCUUUUCAUCUUUUUCGUCUCCCUUCUACCUUCCAAAUCUGGUGGAUCGCUGACGUUGGACACAAGAAAGGGUUUGGAGCAAAGUAAAAUGGUAAUAGGGUCAAAGCCUCCUGCUUGUGUGAACAAGUGCAAGAGUUGCAGGCCUUGCAUGGCUACUCUGGUAGCUCCAAACCACCAGAAGAGGAAGAAGGGUUUCAGAGUUUUUUCUCGUGGGGAUGAUGAUGAUACUUAUUAUCUUCUUUCAUGGAAAUGCAAAUGUGGUGAUAAAUUGUUUCAACCAUAGAAUUAUUCAUCUUAGUACUCUUAAUUAGUUUUUUACCAUUGACUUCUGUAUAUGUAACCAGAAAAAAGGCAAAAAAGAUCAGAGAAUCCAUCUUCUGCUAGAGCCUCUUUUUGGCUAUCUGUCAUUUAGAUCUUGAAAAUUAUUG